GGAAGGCACGAGCGAGCGAGAGGAAGCGCGUCUUCCCGCAGUACGCAAGCGGUGCGGCCAGGAAGCGGAAGGCGCUUGGGAGAGGGAAGGAGGAGGCCGCUUCGAGACCGGCGUGUGCUGCCGCGGCGACAUUCGAGUGGCGGCGGCUGCCGAACAGGGAGCUGACGAGGCCGAAGCCAGUGGAGCGGCGGCGAGAGGCGGGCAGUGGAGAGGAGGGGGAGGGAGAUAAGCAGGUAGCAGCAGCAGCAGCUGGCCGGAGCGCGCACCUGCAGGCCAGGUACAGAGGCGCCACGCAUCCAGCCAUGUGGCCGCCCGGCGAGCAGCAGCAGCAGCACGUAGUCAUGGCCGCGCCGCCCGACGGCGAGGGCCUCGUCGCCACCGCCACCGCCAGCGUCAACGCCAACUCCGUCGACGAGCUGACGGACCGCUUGCUGCCGCUGGCUCUGGCCCGGAAGCUCAGGCGGACGCGGUCGCUCAAUGCGCCGUCCCCCAUUCAGCAGUUCGGCCCCUGCGGGCGCAUCAUGAAGAAUUCCGCGAUGGUCAUGACGAUCCAGGACCCGGCGAGCCAGCGGCUGACGUGGUACAAGCCGCCGCUCACCGUGCUGGUCAUCAAGAAGGUUCGCGACGUGUCCGUGCUGCAGCCCUUCGUCCAGCUCGUCAGGUGGCUCAUCCAGGAAAAGAACAUGGUAGUGUUCGUGGAGCAGACGGUGAUGGAGGAUACGCUGCUGCUCAACAACGCGGGCUUCACGAUCGUCAAGGACAAGCUGAUGACGUUCCGCGACGGCAAGGACGACCUCACCGACAAGAUAGACUUCAUCAUCUGCCUCGGCGGCGACGGCACCCUGCUCUACGCCAGCCUCUUGUUCCAGCAAUCUGUGCCACCAGUGAUGGCAUUUCAUCUUGGAUCUCUUGGUUUCCUUACACCUUUUGAGUUUGACAACUUCCAAGAACAAGUUACUAAUGUGUUGGAAGGUCAUGCUGCCCUGACGUUGAGGAGCAGAUUGCGGUGUAUCAUCAUGAGAAAGAAUGAGGAUCCCAACAAGCAGUCUAAACCACCUACCAAUCUCUUAGUUUUAAACGAAGUUGUUAUAGACAGGGGUCCCUCCCCAUACCUUUCCAACAUUGACUUGUUUCUUGAUGGGAAACACAUUACCUCCGUACAGGGAGAUGGUCUUAUAGUAUCAACUCCGACUGGCAGCACAGCAUAUGCUGUAGCUGCAGGAGCGUCGAUGAUACACCCGAGUGUCCCUGCUAUUAUGGUGACACCCAUAUGCCCCCAUUCACUGUCUUUCAGGCCUAUUGUGGUGCCAGCUGGUGUGGAGCUGAAGAUCUCUGUGUCCCCUGAUAGCAGGAAUACAUCGUGGGUUUCAUUUGAUGGCCGGAACCGGCAAGAACUGUUCCACGGUGAUAGCCUUCGAGUGACAACCUCUAUCUACCCUGUGCCUUCAAUAUGUGCUCAGGAUCAGAUCUCCGAUUGGUUUGAUUCUCUAGCGGAAUGUCUGCACUGGAAUGUACGCAAACGGCAGAAGCACUUGGACGAGUUGAGUGAUCUAACGCACUCGAGCUCCAACGAUACUCUGGAUUCGCUUGACCAUGCUGAGCAAUUAGACAGUUAGGCUUACAAGGAGUUGCAAGAAGACUUUCUAAAUCUAAUUUCUUGCUCAGAAAUAUUUCCUGGUGGACUUUGUGAAGUACAUAGCAUGGAGCAGCUUGCAGUCACAGCUGUGAACUGAGGCAGUUGUGAGGCAAGAGUGUGUGUGUGUUAUGUGCUAAUGGGAUGGUGGCUUUGCCAUUCCUAGCACAGCCAACCUAAGACUUCUAAUAGUUACUGGUUUCCAUCACUGCAGCUGCUUAUUUAAACAAAAUGAAAUCGAGAGAAAUCUGACUUUUUAUUUUUAUACAUCCAUUCUCUAUUUUGUUUAUGAAAUGACCAAUUCCGUAUUUUGUAGAGUAGCUGAAUAGAGGAACUUCUGUUUAAUAUUUUGAUAUGAGAAUAGCUUGCCAGAGUUUUUCUACAUAAUUUUGAUUCUUCUGUUUUAAAUACUUUGGAUGGUUGUGAUUCAUAAAUGUAUUUUAGCAAGUAUGUACUUGUAUGUUGAAUGUCUAAAAACUACUACAUACACAGUCGAAUGCAUGAUUUAGAACAAAAUCAAAAAGUCAUCAACCUGUACUGAAGUGCCUUUUAUGUUUCUUUUCUUUCAUCUUGUACUUCUGUGGUUUUUCAUUUAAGUAACAGAAUUGUUAAUUGCUGAUGAAUGAACUUUUUCAGUCUUAAAGAUUGCUAAAUUUUAUGCUAUUCUCUGCUUAAGACAUAUUUUCACUUGAGACUUUGAGCUCUUGAGCAACGUGUUAUUUAUAACUUCAUAUUUUAGCAGUAUUUAAUUUUGAAUGAGAAUGAUAAAAGUUUGAUGGUGUGGUGAAUGUGUGAUUUAAUGUACAAACAAGCUUAAUGGAACAAUUUUGUAUGCAUAUUCCUUGCUUGGUUUCACAGUUUGAAUAAGCAAAAGAACUUAGGAAAUAUAGAUGCAUGUUUCCCAUUGAUCCUUUAUUCCCCUCCCUCUUUCUGAUUCUCUCCUCGUCCAUAUUACACUGGCAGUAUGCAGCACAUGUUGCCAGGAAGCCCAGAAACCACAAUUUUAAAAUGGCUCUAUAUGUAAAACUGAUUUUUUUUUUUUUUUUUUUUUUUUUUUUUUUUUUUAAAAGAAAACUUAUUCAUUGUUUACUUGAAUUUUUUCGGUGUCUGGACUUACAUGUUUUCAAAAUGUUUAACUUGUUAAAAGUAAUGAAUGCUUUCACAAAACAAUCAAUGUGUGCGGUGUUUGAAUGCAUUGUUUUAUUGUGAAGGAUAUGGAUAUGUCGUUAAUUGUAAUUAGGAAGUAAAUUUGAAAUAAGAGUGAAUAUUUCUACUGUUGUCGAAUGGUGUUGGUGAACAAAGGUGUGUGGUGAGUAGAUUGUACUGAACAUUUUAAUUUGCUCACAUUUCAGAAACAAUUGUUCAAGCUCAGAAAUGAGACAGUGGGCAGCUGUAUACUAACUACACACACUAUGAAUUUGCUGUACACUACCAAAACAGCCCAGAACUUGUGGGGUAUAUCUGAGAAAUGAACUUAAAAUGUUGUUUUCUGAUACAGAUAAUUAUGUAUCGACCUUGUGACUCCAAGACAGAUAUUUUAAAAUGACUUACUUAUGCUGGAAACAGUGUAAACAGUUCUGCUGUAAAUAUUAAUAGAACACAAGAGAUUACUAUGUGUGAUUGUUAUUACCAAUUUCAUAUGUCUAGGAAAGUGUAUGCAACUCAGCCUUGCAGAGGAGACGAGAUUGCUAUAUUUUCUAAUUUUGUUGUUUUCUUUAGUAAAUAUUUCACACAGCUAGUUGAACAAAUUCACCAUUUUUGAUGCCUUCACAAAUUUUUAUUUGAGCGUAAAUGAGCAGUCGUACAGUAACUUGUUUGCUAUGAACAGCUUUGGAACGAGAUUGUAGCUCAGUUUUGGAGAGGAAUUUUUAUCAACAUACAUAGCUGUAAUCUUGUUUGUUCUUCAUUGUUAUUACAUGUAUUUAUUUAAUUUUAUUUAUGUAUGUUACUUGCAUAACGUGUUCUUGUGAGAGAGUAUCAAAAGCUCUUUGUUAACAUGGGGUAUGUGAGCACUCUCAAGAUAAUGAGUUUCUCUUCACAAGCUAUCAGGAUUUGCUUGAAAUUAGCAUGUUACGUGCAGAAGCACCACACUUCCUUUUAAAUUCUGCUAUCGUAACUAAUGAACACACUUAACACAGUUAGAAUAGACUGACUUCCAUCUAAUUUAUUGUUCUCUUCUGUGAAGCUGUAUUUCCCAUAUAAUGAUUAAUGGAGCCUUAUGAAGCUAAUGAAAUAUUUGGUCUGGGCAGUCAAGUAAUUAGUGUGAUAAGCAUGUGAUCAUUGGUUCAGAAAUUCCUUAAAAGUUGUAUGAAUACAUACAGUUUGUCUUCUUGCUUAGAAGCUGAAAGUAGGACACACUGUGUUAUGUUGAUGAUGAAGAGGAACACUUGUACCUUUUUGUCUGUGGCUCUGCCGCUGCAUGGAAUCCAUAAUGCACCGUAUUUCCAGAAAGUAACAACAGAUUGUGAUAAUUAGUGGAGAUUUUCUGUGAAGAUAUAAAGAGUAGUUGUUGAUCAGUAGACUGCUUGUCUCGUGGUAAUAAUUUACUUGUCUCGUGGUAAUAAUUUAAAUGCAAGAAGAUAGUCUUAACCCUUAAAACAUAAAUACACAACAGUGCAAUUUCAGAAUAUAAAUACAAACUUAUUAGCAAAUAAUGGCUCUCUGUAACAGCAAUUCUAACAUUUCAUGUUAGUGAAGAUUUGUCAGAUUGGUUAAACAUACAAUGUAUAACAUGGCUUUAAUGAAGGCAAACCCAGUUUUUUUGCUGUUACAUUUAUUCCUUAAGAAUAAAUAGCAUAUGUUACAGUUGAGGUGUUGUCUGGCUGAUGGGUAGAAAAGAGAUUGUUGAGAUAUCAGACAGUGUCCUUCAGAAUUCACUAAUAACAUAUUCCGGCAAAGACUUUCUAUUGCCAUAUUUUUGUGGUAUAUGUCAAUAUUGCUGUGUUUUGUGGUGUACAUUACUUAGUGUAAGGAGGAAGGGGGUUGGUGGAGGUUGCUGUAAGGAGAGAUGAUGUGUUAGUUAUUGAAGGAGGGAGAGUGAGUGGUGAAGAGUUAAAAUAUUUUUGUACAUUUAAAUCCUUUCCUCUUCCGCAAAUAUUUGGUGAGAUAAUGUUGCUAUAAGUCUUGGGUAGUAAGUGGUUCGACAGGAGUAUUAUGUUGACACAGACCUCUGUGAACAAAGGUCUUUGGAGUUGAAAUAACCCUUCAUAAGACACAAAACGUCUUUCAUUUAUUAAAAUUUUGUAAAGCAAGCCUGGUUGAAACUUAUCAUGCAUAUUUGCUGCCACAUGUGCCAGCUAAAUACCACUUCUGAUACAUUACAGUGGUUCGUCUCUGGCUGUCAAUCUGCACUGAGCAAUAACUUUGUGGACAUCCACCUGCUUGUUUCACAAGAUACCUCUUAUUUAUGAAUGGCACCAUCAAUCAUGUGAAGUGUGAAAUUCAAAGGUGCUAUAUUUUCAUAGUUGUUGAGGCUUGUGAAGUAUACAAGAGGAAACGAGAAUACUAUUAGCAGAACCAAUGGACUUGUAGUAUCUGAAUGUUAAAUUAGAGAUGAUACGACAAAAAAAAUUCUCAGAUUUUACAGUGAGUGUGUGUGUUACAUGGAUCAAAACUUCUCCAGUUGUUAAAAAGUAAGACUAGUUAUUGUACAAAUGAAGCAUGUUCCACCUCAUUUCGGUUUACUAGCUGAAACUACUACUCAGACAGCUAUGGAAGCAGUUGACUAAACCAAACAAUGGAAAAUCCAAGAUGGAAUGUAACAAUAUUACGAAAAGGAUACUUGUUACACAUAGCAGAAAUGCUGAGUCACAUACAUACACACACAACACACUGUUGGAAAGUGAGCCUUUUGGUCAAAAAGGCCUUCAUCAGGGACUACACACACGUGCGCUACCACCCCCCCCCCCCCCCCCCCCCCACACACACACACACAGUGAGUCAUGCCAACACAAUUCUUACUGUGUGUGUGUGUGUGUGUGUGUGUGUGUGUGUGUGUGUGUGUGUGUGUGUGUGUGUGUGUGUCACUUUCGGACAGUUUCUGUUGUGCCUGUCUGCAACUCAGAGCAUCCUUGCCUUAGAAUUGCUGACUAAUUUCUUACCAUUUUAAAAUACUUAAAUAUACUAUUCUAGAAUGUUUCUAUACGAGCCAUUACCUUAAAGGAUGAAGUUCAGUACAGAGAGAACAGAUCUAAAAUUUCUGAAUCUAAUUAGGCAACACAGAGAAUUUGUCAACUGAAUUUUUAUGAAAGUCUUGAUGUAUCUGGAUGUUCGAAAGACCUAAUCCAUUUGAACCACUAUUCUCCACCUGUAAUACAAAAAAUUGUGUUGAAUCUACCAGCUAAGUAGUCAGACUAAGCAGUGUAAUUUCUGCCACCCUGCUUUCUUCUUCUUCUUCUUCUUCUUCUUCUUCUUCCCCCCCCCCCCCCACCCCCCUCCUCCUCCUCCUCCUCCUCCUCAUUUCCAAGAGGGAAAUAACCAGUGUUACAGGUAGGCAGUAACAGAGCAAAAUUUCAGGUUAACAGUGGUAAGUGACAGUCAGUGCCAAAAUGUCAGUAGUAAAGAUUUGUAUUGUAGAGAGUAUAAUUUUGCUUUAAAAAAAAUCUACAGAAAAUCGUUGGGGCCAAGAUUGUUGUAAGAAAAUGAAGAGACAGGUCACAAACAUCCAAUCUGUAAUUGGUGUAAUGAGUUCAGUGCUUACAACUGAUUGACACCAUUGAGUAUUCAGAAAAGGAGGGUGUGUUAACAAAGUGAUUUCUUUUAGUGAGUUACUGAUUCUGAGCAGGUUUCAUGAUUAAUAGUGGUUAAGUAUAUGACACAAAAAAAGAUACUACUGCUGUCUGCUGUGAUGGGGGAAACUGCCUUUACAUCUCCCACACUGGAUCCACUGUGUGGUAUGUAUUUUGUUACAAAGCAGCUAUUCUCUUCUAGUGUAGAUAAACUAAGUAUGCAGUUUGCAGGCAACUACCAAGUCCUGUACUAAUGUUGACUAAAAAGAAAAGUCCAUAGCUAACUAUUUAAAUAACUGCAUGCAUAUUACUGUAGAAUAUUUAGUGUACUACAUCAAGGAAGUUAAUUGCCAUUAAAAGACUGGUCAGUGAAAUAAUAAUGGGCUUAAAAUUUAGUGUCCGACUAUAAUUGAGUGUUGGACUAUAAUUCAAGUUGUGAUUCUUCGAGGCGAUUCUCUAACUGAAUCAGUCUUCCUAGACACGAUUGCCAUUUCGAUGACACAUUUGGUAAGAUGAAAGUGUGGGUUUAAUGCCCAGUUCGACACACAGUUUUAGUGUCUGGGAGUUCUGUAAUGGUAUACGCUGUUGAAAAGGUAAAUAUUUCUUCUGAAUAGUGUUUUUCCCAGAGCAAACUUUUAGUGACAUGACCAAGUGACAUACUCACGCAACACACUGCCAUGUGUGGUAGCUGAGAAUACAUAAGUAAUGUGAUCAGUUUAGAAUGGAAUCUUGGUCACUUGUCAUGUCAUCUACAAUCAUUUGAUUGAAACAUUGGCAACUCAUCAAUAAAUACAGUUGUAGGCUUACAUAAAAACCACACAUGUAUUAUGCAUACAAGUUACAACAUAAAAUAGAUAAAUAGGUGCUUCAUUUUUUACUCUUUCAUAAAUUUUCCACACAGUUAUAACAUUGUCUCUUUUAAGUUUUUGUUAGUACUUGCUUCUGAAAUUCAGAAAUAUGAGCAUAGUGUGGCAGUUUUUACUAGUAACUAUGACAUGUACUGUAUAUGAAUCUUGCACUUCGGCAUCCCAAGCGACAGCUACUGAUUGUGAUAAUCUUGUGUAGAAACCUCGCUAGUUCUUACCCUCCACUUACCUGUUCCCUUCCCGGCUCCAAUUCCAGUGCAACACUGCCUUCUAUUCUACAAUGUACCCUCUACUCAUGUCCCCCUUCUUUACUUCUUUUCUUCACAACUACUGCCCUCCCCUCCAAUCAUCUUGACUGUAUCUAGCAGCCCUUUCCCUGUCUCCCACACAUUCAUAAAUGCUUUCAUAAGCAGCACUAAGCAUCCCCCUACCCCAGUCUCCCAUACCACACUCUUACCCCCAGCACAGGAUUGAUGCUCCCAUCAUGAUCAGAUACAGUGGUCAUGUGUGUGUGAAUUGUGCUUGUGUGUCAGUUUUUUCUACUUUAGAAGUAGUUCUUUUGGGAAAACCCCCAAAAGUUAUGCUAAAUCUUUUGACUGACGUAAAACAGGCAUCAUAUACAAUUUUCUUAACAGCUCAGUCAGUUACUUUAUUUAGAACCAUCUCUGCAUAAACGAAACUGUUUAGUCGCUUCACUAAGCAGUCCAUGACAAUUUUUUUUUUCUUCCUCACUCAAGUGCCUGAAUAGUUUGUUGUGUUGUGUGUUAGCUCUUUGCUGUUCUUACAUCAGAGUACCGCUCUUCAGUCAUCUGCAUAUGGAAUUUGUUUCUGAAAUUAUCUUACAUGACAUAUCAUUAAUGUAACACAGGAACAGUAAUGGGCCCUAGUACAGACACCUGGAGUAGGUCUGCUUGUAUUUCAUUCCACCUAAAUCAGGCUCUCACCUUUUUGUUAUAUAACUACCCUCUGUUUCCUGCUUUUGAGAUAGGUUGAUAACCAACUUAAAGAUUCUCCAUGGAAACCAUAAGUAGCCAUUUUCUAAAUAGGCAGCUUAUGGUUUACCAAAGCAAAUGCUUUAGUGAGGUCACAAAAGAUACUAGAUACACACAGCUUGUUAUUAAGGCAUUUGCUUAUUUAAUGAUGAUUUCAUUAAUAAUGUGCACAUUACUUCAGCUCUUCCUAAAUCCAUAUUGAUUCUUCAGAACAGUUUUUGUUAUAUUUUUCUAAUUGAUUACACACUGUUCACGCAAACAUUUUAGAAAACAUUGCUAAUAGAAUGUCAUCCCAGCCCACAGAUUGAAGUGUGGUUUUUUUUUUUUUUUUUUUUUUUUUUUUUAAUAUAUAAAUCGGAUAAUGCUAUCCUCUUCAGAGGAGGAUACACAAAGUUUAUUUGAAGUUAUAAAGUACCUGUUGAAUUCUUCAGACCCGUCUUUAGUUUGUGACAGUUUCUAAUUUUGGGUCAAAAAGGAUUAGUUUUCUCAGCCCCUUCUUCAGAAUUUAGCAUACAGUUUUUGAUUUAUUUGUGGCUUUUGUAAGGAAUUUACUGUUUGCCAUUUGUUUUGCCUGUCUUAACUACUGUCUGUGUCUGUUGUUUGCGUACAUGAAAAACUCUGCAUCAUGAUUGUUCUUCAAUUUUCUAUGGGGGUUUCCUCUUUGUAAUAGUAGAUAUGCUGAGGCCCUCAGUUAUCCAGGAGUUUGCUUUAUAUAUUUGUGGCGUACUGUUACAAAGGAGAAACAUUAAAUGAAAGUAUUUGUGAAUUAUGACACAAAAGCAUUUUAGUUAUUGUUCACCGAAUAUCGGUUGCUGAAUUACCAAGUUUUGUUCAGUUUGGAAACAAAUAUAUUACCAUUUCAUUGGCUAAAGUUAGUGACUCUUUUUCACUGUUUAUGUUGUACCUAAUUUUGGCAAUCACUUAAAAAGAGCUGAACAGUCGGCUAUCCCUAUAUCUAAAAAGAACUUUUCUCUAGCACCGUAAAUGUUACUGCUCACUAUAUCACCUACUCAUGUUACAGUAGAUUCUGUUACUUCAAUGUAUUCACUAAAAUUUAGUCUUAGGCCAUUUUUAGAUAAAAAGUCCUUCAGAGAAUGGCAAAUUUGUCAUCAGUUUUUGUAUCUAUUUUUAAGUUGUCACAAAUUCACCUUUUCAUAAAAACUUUCUUACUGCAACCUGACAGCAAAGUUUCAGAUUUGUCUCGAAAUGCACAUGUGGCUGGCUAGCCAGGGAUAAGGUAUAUGCUAAUAAUUUAUACACCAUAUUCCAUAAGUUUAAUGCAGUAGCUUUCCAAUAGCAGUUCCUUACUAAAAAAAAAUUAAAGGUUUGUGUGAUGUUAAAGCUUAGUGACAGCUCUACAAGAGUACGUGGUCUCCCACUGUUAAAUUUUAACUGGAGAGUUAAUUUAUGAAGCUGAUAUUUUCACUUUUAAAGUAGUGUUCAUUUAAGCAUAUAACUUUUACAGAAUUUGUGUUCUCCAGAAAUACUUCCAGUUAAUAAGGACUUGGUUAUCAUUGUAAUGAUAAGCUGCCUAUGUUAAGGUACAAUAUGAAUUAAUUUUUGUGAACUGAAACAAGCAUGGAGUCAUUAAAUUUGGCAAUAUAUGUGAUACCUCCAUGUGUCUGUGUUUUUACAUAGGAUUGCCAUCAUAUUUUGUUACUUUUGGACCACAUUCCAUAGAUCUACUGUUAGGUCCUACGUGAACAAGUGACCAGCACAGUAACAAAUUUAUUUCUACUUUUGUUAAUGAGUGAUAUCUCCUCAAGAGCAGUGCUUAUGUUGGAAGCUAGUUUAGCAUCCUUUUGUCACAUUUGUUGAUAUGCAUUCCAUGCCAUGUGAAAGAGUUUUUCAUAACUGCUAAUAUCUAACAAUGUAAAAUUUGAGUUUUGCACAGAGGCUUUUCAGUUUCAAAUUAGUCUAAUUUCUUUGUGUUUACUUGCAACUAGUAUGGUAGAGCAUACCUAGGGAUGUCCUGUACAGUUACAUUGAUGAAAUGUGGGAACCACAACACUGUCAUCAACUUUUUAGUCAUUGUUAAGUUCCUGUGAGGACAACAAUCAUUUCUUUGAGAUCUGAGCAUUCUGUGUUAACACUCGGUUAUUUUGUCGAAAUGUUCACACUUAAGAUUCAUUUUCACUGGUGCAGUUUUCGUUUGAGUUUCACUGCAGGGGUCGUCAUGUGUGGUUUUUGCAGUGCUUUUAGGGCUGCUCUGAUAAUCCUUGAUAUGGUACCCAGUUUCCCAAUGAACUCCUCUUGCCCAACAGAAGUUGUGCUCAUGAUGUAAAAUCACAUUGGAAGAACGAAGCCAUAUGGAUAUUAAUGUUGUCGAAAGUCUGGAACAUGCCUCUAUUUCUUCCUCAAAAUCACUCAUUGUGUGUGAGAAGGUCAAAGCAUACAAGAAAAGUUAAGUGUCACUCACUUCCUCUCAGCAAUACACUGUGAAGACAAAUGAUAAAUAAAAAAAUAAAAUAAAAACACUGAGAAUGUUCAUCGCUCUAAUCACAGGUGCAAAUGCAAACAAUGUCUGCAGAGACAUCAAGUUUGUAGUCCCAGCAGAAAAUGGCAUGCUGGACUACUGAAGUGACUGACCCUAUAUGGAGAUUUGUAAGGAAUUACCUGUGGCUAGGCUUUUUAUUAUAAAGUUUCUUGUUGGAUGGAACACUAGUAUUUGUUUUUAAUGCUUAAUACAGAAACAUUGAUCUUCACUCCAUGUAAAGUAUGCAGAAGUCCUUAAGCCUUUUGUUUGCUGUACAAGCUAAGCUGCUUGUUCAGUAAAGAUGUCUUCAUUUUUAUGUGACAAUCUUAAAAUAAUAAUUGUUCUACUGACUAUAUUUUAUAGAAAUAUUACUGUAAAAUGUUAUGAAAGUAUCCAGUUUAAGAAUGGUCUACUCACCAGCCAUUCCUUUACAUGUUGAUACAGAGGUUAAUAGUUGUUUAACUGUGCCCACUAUGAUAUUACACAUUCAGUAACUUGAAAAAAUUCCAUGCAAUAACUGUAUUCUUGAAAAUAUGCAACUAAAUACUUAAAUUCCUACAGAGUACUUAGUUAUGUUCUGUAGUGCAAUAAUGCAUCCAUUGCGUAUAAAUGAUUUAUAACACAUUGGCUCUUUAACAAAAAAAAAUUUGCCAUUUAAGUUUAUAGGAAAAAAUGCAGACAGUCAGUCAGUCAGACUUGUGCUUUAUGUGGUACUGCUCAACUUUCAACAUAUAUUUGCAUCAGACUGUAAUGAGGUGUCAACUAAUAAAUCAGUUAUUUAUGAAUGAAUGUUAAUAAGUAAAUCAGUAGCAUUAGGUUUGGGACCAAUAAAUAUCCUCAAAUGAUCAAGAAACCUAUUGUAGAAACAUGUAUGUUGAACUUAUUGGCAGUUGUCAGUGAAUCAAAAGGAAAGUAAGUAUUCUGAGAUGAUGUAGAAAAGUUCCUUUGAGUGUUUGAAUUUAAUAGGUGCCUUUGUUCACAAAGUUUGUACUGAUUUGCUACUUUGGAUAGCUUUUAUACUCACACUGUUGAAUGUAUGUUUAGAAUAAUGAUAGUAUUUAUUGAUAUUGUUUUCAAGAGACAAAUAAAAAAGUUUUUCUAGUUGUA